UCUCUUGAUAGAGGUGGCCUCAGCAACAUGCUGUUUCAGUGCUCGCUACCUGAUACUAUUGAGACAGUUGCAGAUGAACCACGGAAAGUUCUCCUGCGCUUAUAUGGUGCAAUCCUGCAGAUGAGGUCCUGUAAUAAAGGAGAGUCUGUACAAUCUCAGAAGGAAAAUGACUUGCAAGGGGCAGAAGCUAUGGUUCUGGAAAGUGUUAUGUUUGCCAUUCUUGCAGAGAGAGCUCUUGGCCCAAAGCUGUAUGGAAUCUUUCCACAAGGGCGCCUGGAGGAAUUCAUUCCCAGCAGGAAACUAAGUACUGAAGAACUAAGCUUACCUGACAUAUCUGCUGAAAUAGCUGAGAAGAUGGCUAGAUUUCAUGGCAUGAAAAUGCCAUUUAAUAAAGAACCUAAGUGGCUUUUUGGAACAAUGGAAAAAUAUCUAAAUCAGGUGCUGAGGAUUAAAUUUACCAGAGAAUCCAGAACUAGAAAACUGAACAAACUCCUCAGUUACAAUCUCCCCCAGGAAAUGAAAAAUCUAAGAGCUAUGCUUGAAGCAACUUCAUCACCGGUUGUAUUUUGCCACAAUGACUGUCAAGAAGGUAAUGUCUUGCUUCUGGAAGGCAGAGAGAAUUCGGAAAACCAAAAGCUGAUGCUCAUUGACUUUGAAUACAGCAGCUAUAAUUACCGAGGAUUCGAUAUUGGAAAUCACUUCUGUGAAUGGAUGUAUGAUUACACAUAUGAGAAGUACCCAUUCUUCAAAGCUAGUGUUCUUAAAUAUCCUUCAAAGAAGCAACAGCUUCAUUUUAUCUCCAGUUACCUGUCUGCAUUCCAUGAUGGCUUUGAAAAUCUGAGCAGUGAAGAGAAGUCCAAAGAAGAAGAAGAAGUGUUGAUAGAAGUUAAUAGGUUUGCCCUUGCAUCACACUUCUUCUGGGGUCUGUGGUCUAUUAUACAAGCAAAGAUCUCAUCCAUUGAGUUUGGUUACCUGGAAUAUGCGUUAUCCAGAUUUGAUGCAUACUUUGAUCAGAAGAGGAAGCUGAAGGUGUGAUUGUGGGAGGAGUGGCCUGUUGGUUACUGUAUGAAGAGGGCAGCUGGACAGAACUUACACUGUGCUUAGGCUACUGUAUCUUAAUGAAGGUGUCACUGAAUUCCAGUUCCUUGGAAUGCAAGUGUACAGUAUUGAAGACUGUAUAAAAAUGACUUGUUUACAGUUUCAUAAAUACUUGGAAUGUGAUUGGGAGGCAAAAGUAAAAUACAACAGUGCAAUAUCUUUAAAUAUUUUUGAUCUAGAAGGUAUUUUAUAUUAUGGGAGAAGCUUACAAUUAAGUGUCAAUACCAUAUACAUCAAAGCAAACAGUGUUACUGCAAGUACAUUUGCUGGGAGGUGUUGGCAUUAUGCUUUGUUGUAAGCAGAACAGUUGUAAAAGAUGUUUCAUUGUAGACACUGCCUCUUAAUGAGAAGGAAAAGCAAAGGAGACAACUGUUAAACUGUGAAGUAGACUUAAAAUCUUACUGUGAGAUUAGGUUCAACAUGCCCCAUGAACACUGUCUUCAAAGCUGCUGAUAUGUUACACCACUUUAACCAUAAAGCAACUAAACACAUUGAAGCGGUAUGCUUUAAAGUGUUACCUGCAUAUACAUGAAU